GUCGCGGCUGUGACGGCAGCGCCGCGCGCCGGCCUGCCGGAGUUGGCGCGAAGGCGGGGGGGUGGGUGGCAUGGAGGCAUCCCGCUAAACGAGAUAAACCGCCGCCAUGGAUAUCCGGAAAUUCUUUGGCGUUGUACCUCCUGGAAAGCGACAAGAAUGUGAGACUGUAAAAAAGAGUGAAAAAAUUACAAAUGGUCAAGGACCAUCAAGUGGGAAGAAAAGGGGAAAGGAGACUAAGGUGAAUAAUUCACCCAGUGACGAUGAUUACAAACAAAAGCGGACAAACAAGAAAAAAAGAAUAAUCUACGAUUCAGAUUCGGAAGAGGAGGUGCAGUCAGUGAAAAAAUCCAAGAAGCCAUCUGAGAAAAAAGCAGCUACUUCAAAACUUGGUAAAGUUCUAAAGCAGGAUCCUGUUGUUUAUAUUUCAGAGACAGAUGAAGAAGAUGACUUUGUCAAUAAAAGAAUUUCCCUGAAACCAAAGGAGAAUGGGACGUCAACUAUCGGUUGUCCAGGAACAACUACAGUGAAAAAGGAAGAUGUAAAACCACGACCUAAAAGCAAACCAUUAUCUCCAGUGAAACAGACUCCCACCUCGGCACUUGAUUAUUUUGGGACAAGUAGUGUCCAGCGAUCAGAAAAGAAACUGGUAGCAAGUAAAAGGAAAGAACCUUCACCAAGCAGAGACAGCACAGUAGAUGAUGAGGCCAUUGCUAAGCAACUGCAGCUUGAAGAAGAUUCAGAGCUGGAGAGACAGCUGCAUGAAGAUGAAGAAUUUGCUAAAACUUUGGCCAUGUUGGAUGAAACACCACAGAAGAAAAAGGCUCGUAAAGAUUCAGGAGGAGAACAAACAGUAUUGAGCACCAAGACCAGUCCUAAUGUGGUGGAAAGAUAUAAGCAGUCGGAAAGAGUGAAAGCAACAAAUUCGACAGGUGAAGCAAAGAAUUACGCUGCAAAGCAGCAAACUAAAUCUGAACGUUCAAAAGGGUCUCCUUCAUCCCCACAGUCAUCUGAUGGUAAAACAGCAAGAGAGUUGACGGAUAAGACAUUGCCUUUGAGACCUAGCUCUAAGCUUGUAUCUCUCAAACAAAAAGAAGAGGUUGCUGAAAAGGGAAGAGGUGCUCAAAGUUUAGUAUCAAAAGAAAAAAUUGCUUCAAGGAAAGAAGAGAAGACAACACCAAAGAAGGAGAAAAUUUCCCCCAAGAAGAGUGAGUCUGUAAGUCCUGAGGACUCUGAGAAGAGGAGAACCAAUUAUCAAGCCUACCGAAGCUUCCUUAAUCGUGAGGGUCCGAAAGCACUGGGUUCCAAAGAGAUACCUCAGGGAGCUGAAAACUGCUUGGAAGGCCUGACAUUCGUAAUUACAGGCGUUUUGGAGUCUAUUGAAAGAGAUGAGGCCAAGUCUCUGAUUGAACGUUACGGAGGAAAAGUAACUGGCAAUGUCAGCAAGAAGACAAACUAUCUGGUUAUGGGGAGAGACUGUGGCCAAUCUAAAUGUGAAAAGGCGUCGACUUUAGGGACGAAAGUUAUCGAUGAGGAUGGCCUGUUUGAUCUUAUUCGAACUAUGCCAGGCAAAAAGUCCAAAUAUGAGCUGGCGGCUGAAACAGAGGCAAAGAAAGCGGAUUCAAGGCCUAAAAGGACACCACAGAAAGCUGAAAAAAGGAAUUUUAGCCCCAUCAAAAGGGAAGCUGAUAAUAAAAAAUAUAAGUCUACUCCUGAAAAAGGAGAUUCUGUCAAAUCUGUUAAGAAAGAAACCACUGCUGUUCGAAAGCUUAUGGACUUUAAACGGCAAACUGUAGAGAAGAAAGAAACCCCAAAACCUAAGGAGAACUUCAUUUCUGAGACUAACGAAGAUGGAACGGAGAGAUUGCUAUGGGUAGAUAAAUACAAGCCUGUAUCUCUUAAGGCAAUAAUUGGACAGCAGGGUGAGCAAAGCUGUGCCAAUAAACUGCUCCGAUGGCUCCGAAACUGGAACAAGAGUACCUCGGAAGAUGGACAAGCAAAGACCAAUAAAACUGGAGGCAAAGAUGAUGGUACUGGUUUUAAAGCAGCAUUACUUUCUGGUCCACCUGGAGUUGGUAAAACUACUACAGCUUCUUUGGUUUGUAAGGAACUGGGGUAUAGCUAUGUGGAGCUGAAUGCCAGUGACACUCGCAGUAAGAACAGUCUAAAGGAAGUAGUUGCUGAAUCGCUUAACAACACCAGCAUCAAAGACUUCUGUUCUGGCACAUCCUCAUCAGUUAGCGGGAAACAUGUAUUGAUCAUGGAUGAAGUGGAUGGUAUGGCAGGCAAUGAAGACAGAGGAGGGAUUCAGGAGUUGAUUGGUUUGAUUAGACACACAAAGAUACCCAUCAUCUGUAUGUGUAAUGACCGCAACCAUCCUAAAAUUCGUUCCUUGGUCCACUACUGUUUUGAUCUUCGUUUUCAGAGACCUCGUCUAGAACAGAUCAAGGGUGCCAUGAUGUCUAUUGCAUUUAAAGAAGGUUUAAAAAUUCCACCACCUGCUAUGCAAGAGAUAAUCCUGGCAGCAAAUCAGGACAUCAGACAGGUUUUACAUAACCUUAAUAUGUGGUGUGCAAAAGAUAAAUCAUUGACCUAUGAUGAGGCUAAAACGGAUGCCGGCAGAGCCAAAAAGGAUAUCAAACUGGGCCCUUUUGAUGUUGUCCGGAAGGUUUUUGCAACAGGAGAGGAGGCUUCUCGUAUGUCUCUUAUAGACAAAUCGGAUCUGUUCUUCCAUGAUUAUUCCCUGGCACCUCUCUUUGUUCAAGAGAACUAUGUACAUGUGAAACCAGCCGCUGCUGGAGGAAAUCUGAAGAAGCACUUGGUGCUUUUGAGUAGAGCAGCUGAUAGUAUAUGUGAUGGUGAUAUAGUGGACAAGCAGAUUCGUAGCAAGCAAAACUGGAAUCUUCUUCCAACACAGGCUAUUUAUGCAAGCGUUCUCCCGGGGGAGCUGAUGAGAGGUUACAUGUCCCAGUUUCCUGUCUUUCCCAGCUGGCUGGGGAAAUUUUCAUCCACGGGCAAACAUGAUCGUAUCAUUCAAGAACUGGCAAUGCACAUGAGUCUCAGAACCCAGGCGUGCAAGAGGACAGUAAACAUGGAGUAUUUGCCCUGUUUGCGGGAUGCGCUUGUCCAGCCCUUGAAAGACCUUGGAGCAGAUGGCGUACAAGAAACUAUAACGUUCAUGGACUCUUACUGCUUGAUGAAAGAAGAUAUUGAAAACAUCAUGGAAAUAAGCACAUGGGGAGGCAAACCCAGUCCUUUUUCAAAGCUGGAUCCCAAGGUCAAAGCAGCUUUUACACGUGCCUACAACAAAGAGGCACAUCUCACUCCAUAUUCACUUCAUUCAGUCAAGACACCUAAAAGGCAGUCGGGAUCUGCGGUGACCUUAGAACUGAACGAAGGCUUGAAUGUGGAAGAGAUCCAGUCUGAUGAGGAUGAGGAAGAUACUGUUGAAAGUGAUGCAAUGAUUAAGCAAAAAAAGCCGAAGUCUUCCAAGUUGCCAAAAAGAGAGAAAAAUGAAGAAACAACAAAAAAAGAAGGGAAAAGAAAAGAGAAGACAAGACAUUAAACAAAAUAAAGUCUUGCUCUGGAUGCAGCUUUGCUUAUCUAACUUCUGGCAGGAACAUAAAACCGAUCCAGCGACGGAGCUGGGGAAGCAGACCCAGCGCCUUGGAACUGCUCCUCUUAUAGAGGCGGUGGAGCCACUGCGCGCUCUGUGCAGCGCGGUACUGACUCCUGACGUGCUGCGACGUUACAAGUGAGGAGUGCCCUUGUGCCACAAACACUGGGGUGCGUAAACACAAUGAAAAUAUGAUCCUUAGUUACCUGGCAGUUACGCUAAGUCUUCCUAGGACUUUACUCUUUUUUUUUUUUUAUAAGUCCCCUGACAUUAUGUGGUGAAUUUACUCUUGUAAAUAGUACAUGAUGCAAGUCCCCUGCCCCCAAUCUAAAUUGCGUAUUUGUACAUUACAGGAAUUAAGCAGUGUAUAAAUUUACAAUAAAAGGUUUCACAGGAGUCUUUUAAAGUUUUGGUUAAGUUCAUGGAGUGUUCUGUCUCUCCUCCCCCCCCUCUUUUCUUCCAAGGUUUUGGCUUCCCUUCAUGUACAGGACGUGGCGUUAUUCUCUUCCUACAACUUCCCUUUUGUUCAGUUAAAGAUAGAGAAAAGCAGUGAGGGGUUUGGUUCCAAAACUUGAGGAGCCUGUGCUUGUAUGAGUUGUAUCUUUAAUCAAAACCAGAAAGGAAUACUUAAAGUAAGAAAUGUUUAAUAGAAAAUACUCAUAAAAGUUCAGAACUGAUGUUGAAAAAGAGAACACUAGGGGUUUUUUUUGCCACUCAUGUAACACAGAAUGUCCCUUGGUUUGUCUUUGGUGCAGAUAAAAUGCAAAUUUUACUUGGUAAGAAGAAUCAUCAAUCAGUUUUAUUACUAUAAUAAAUCAAAGUACAAAAUUUAUCAAAAGCUAAA